GCCGCGGAUUCGCUGCGAAGGUACGCGGGUGCGUCGUUUUUCCGGCACCGGUCCCGGCGCCGGCCCUUACUCCCGUCGCGGCGGCCGAGGGGCCUGCCUGCCUGCCUUUGUAUGUUGUCCUUUGUUGCCCCUGGGAGGUAACCGAGGCCAGCCAUUGGAAUGCUCGCGCUCGACUCUUGUGCGCGCCCUAGGGUGUUUAGAAUGUAUGAGCGCUUGCCGGGGCUGGAGAAGACCGGCGCGGAGCAUGUUUGGAGAGUUAUGGGCGCGCCGGUCGCGAUACGGUGGGCGCCGCCCCGCGCGCGCCCCACCCUGGGGCUAGCAGGAGCCAGCAAAGUACUGGCCUACGCUAUCCUUGUUCCAAGAGAGGCGCCAGGGGCGGCGUUGUCUUUGUUCGACGCGGUCGGGAAGUGGCACGCCGCAGCCGGGGCAGAGCCGCCGGGCCUUGUCGGGGAAGCCAAGGGUGAGGCGCGAGCCGCCCCGGGGGGGCCUGGGUGUGUCUGUGCACCCCCUUUGCAGGGCUGCAGCGCGCGCCCCACAUAUUUGGAGGGCCGGGCCGUUCGGGUGGCCCAUGCAUGGCCUUCCUCGUCUGCCCGGGCGGUCGGCUUUACCUAGCCCCGGCCCGGGGGGGCGGGCCGGUGGAAGGCCGAGGCCGGCAUGUGUGUCUUUCCGCCGGACUUUUUCCCGCGUCGCGCAAUGAUGUUUGUACCUUUCCCCUUAGCCCAGCCAGCGUCGUUCCCAGGGAUGGCGUUUCGUGACAUCUCCACCCUAUGCUGCAGCGAGGAGAGUGAGGGGAGUCUGCGUUUCUCACCGAAAGGCCACGGGCGCACUAUUAUUCCUGGAGUGCAUGAGCCACGUUGCGUCGUGUCUGCUGAAAACGAUGCGACGCUUCUCGCCAUUUGCGAAGAUGGGGGCUUCAACUGCGAUAAGCUUGGCAGCGGAGACCUGGCGGCGGUUGUGAAGGGCAAGCCCUUCCGCC